AUGGUCGAGUCUGAGUCGUCCUUUCCCGAUUUGCAACUGAGCCUCUCACAGACCGCCGCCUCCAAAACCCCCACCGUCUCGGUGUCGGUCAAGAACGCUAGCCCCGACACUCCCGUGACGAUCCUGAAGUGGAAUUCUCCCCUUGAUGAGGCCGCUCUUGGCUUGGGUCUAGUUUCGAUCACGCCCGCCGGGGCGUCGGAGCCUAUCCGCAUGGACGCCGUCAAACUUACCCGCAAGAUGCCACCAGGUGCCGACUCCCUAGUAACGCUGCUUCCUGGUGAGAGCGUGAGCAAUGUUAUCGAGCUACGCGAGCCGAGGGUUCCAGAAGAUGUGUGGAAGGCAGGCAAGGCGAAGGCAAUGAUGAGAGGGAAGUGGAUGGCCGUUUGGCCCGGACUGAACACGAAAGAGUUGUUACAGCAGCCGCAGAAGCUGCAGUCUGUCGGCGCUGGUGCUGGUGGUUCGUUGACUGGGGAUUGGAAGACUGAGACGGUGGAGAUUGGUCAGUAG